CCACCUGUCAGUGUCCAUCAGUGCCAGCUCUCAGUGCUCAUCCAUGCCACCUGCCAGUGCCCAUCAGUGCCACAUUUCAGUGCCCAUCAGUGUCACCCAUCAGUGCCAGUCAGUGCCACCUAUCAAUGCCAGUGAGUGCCACCUAUCAGUGCCAGUCAGUGCCGCCUAUCAGUGCCAGUCAGUGCCACCUAUCUGUGCCACCUAUCUGUGCCACCUAUCAGUGCCAUAUAUGAGUGCUGCCUUUCAGUGCCCAUUAGUGAUGCCUGUCAAUGCCAUCAGUGCCACC